UUCUUUUGAAACCCUCACAUUUCUCUUCAUCAACGGCGCCAAGGGUUUCAAUUUUCUCUGUUCAUAAGAGAGAAUAGAGAUAGCUUCGAAUCUAAAGAGCAGUUCUUCAUCUUCUCUCCUUCAAACAAUGAUAGCAUCAAAUCUACAGAGCAGUUGGCAAAUUCCUCCUCUACAAAAUCAACUGAUGACAUGAAUCCUUCAAUAUUUAAGAAGUCCGAAAUGGGAUCAAGUUCAAAGAAUUUUAAGCAAUCAUUCCUUCCACCUGGUGCUUUAGCUAGGGGAAGAGGGCAAAGCCUCAAAUCGAUAGGCUCUGUAAGAGUAACUGCUGAAAAGAGAAAUUUGAUUGAUCAAACGGAAAUAACGCUAGAGACUCUGAGAAGCAAAUCAGAAAAGGAAAUCGGACAUAACUUUACAUAUGGGGGCUCUGUUAAAGGAAGUAUUGUAAGAGGAAGCAUCGAAAAGAGAAUAAUGGUUGGAAACAACAAAGGUUUAAAUGCUGAAACAUAUAAUCAAACUUGUCAUUGCGCAGAAGACUAAUGUCGUCCCUCCUGGUUUUGAUGCACUGAAAGAUGAAACUUCCUUUCCUAAUGACGAUCUUGAAGUAAUGCAACAGACUAUGAGAAGCA